AUGCUUCUAGACAAGUCUUUAGACGGUACGUCUAAAAUUAUCGCUUCAAGGUCGACACAGAUGCGAAGAGCCCCAAGACGGGCGGGCCGAAGAAUUGUGAGAGGCCGUAUAACAGGUCGGCUGAAUGGUCGUGUGGGGGGCCGUGCAGGCCGUGUAGGAACAAGAAGACUUAGAGGCAUUGUGAGCUCAACGGCAGCGGCAAUACAGGCUGUGAUCGAUGAAGGAAGCAAAAUCAUUGUUAGCAAUUUGACUGACGUGCACCAGCCGUCUGAUGUGACCGAAGCUCAAAUUAAGGACCUCUUUUCUAAUUCCAUUGGACCCACACGUAGAUGCUUUUUGAGCUAUGGGCCUAAUGGCCAGUCAAAAGGCAUUGCUACUGUAAUUUUUCAAAGAAAAGCGGAUGCCGGCCGAGCCUACAAAAAAUACGAGGGGAAAGUUAUCGAUGGUACUCGGAAGCUAAAGAUUGAAAUUGUCCUCGACCCUAAGAUGUCUUUGGCUGCUUCUUCUCUUUCACAGCGUGUCACUUCAGAACUGCCCCGAACCCGAAGAACUGGAGCACUGAGAAGAGCGGGCCGCUUCAGGUCCUCCAGACCCAGAAAAACUGCUGAAGAGCUCGAUGCCGAAAUGAUUGGUAACUCCUCCCCCUUUCCUGCCCCUCCUCACCCUGCAGACUAUUUUGGCAGUGCUAACCAGGAACCUGCUACUUAG